AUGUUGCCAAUGCUAUCUUCUGUCCCUACUGAUGCUGAAAUCCAAGCUUGUUUUUUGGCUUUUAACAAUGAUAAAUCACCUGGUCCGGAUGGAUUUAAUGCACACUUUUAUCAAAUGGCAUGGCCUGUGGUUGGGAGGGAUGUCAUCAAUGCUAUUAGGACCUUUUUUGUCAAUGGCAAGCUCCUUAAAGAGGUUAACAACUUCUACAUUGCCUUAGUUCCUAAGACAUCUAAUCCCACAACCUUAAACGACUUUCGACCUAUAUCUUGCUGCAAUACCCUUUAUAAAUGCAUAGCCAAAUUGAUUGCCAACAAGCUGAAGAAUGUACUACCAUCUAUCAUUGAUUCCUUCCAAAAUGCCUUUAUCAAAGGUAAGCACAUUGGGGAUAGUGUUCUCUUGGCCCAAAAGCUACUGCAGGGGUACCAUAAGCAGCUCACACCUCCAAGAGGUGCCAUGAAAGUGGACUUUAUGAAAGCAUUUGACUCUGUGGGAUGCAGAAGGCUAGCCAUUUCCCAUCUCAUCUUCGUGGAUGAUCUCUUAUUGUUUUCCUAUAGUGACCUUGCUUCAGCUGCUACACUCAAACAAGCUUUGGACCACUUCACCUCACUCUCGGGUUUGAAAAUUAAUUGCUCUAAGAGCAAAUUCUUUAUCUCAAGAGUAGGGAAUACAAUUACUGAAGAUAUUAAGAAUCUGCUGAGGUUCGACUUGGGGUCACUGCCUAACAAAUACCUUACGGUGCCGCUGAUUGCUACUCGUCUUAAGGCUUCUAAUUGUAGAGGGUUGGUGGAAAAUGUCACGAGAAGGGUCACCCAUUGGUCCUCUAACUUCUUAUCCUAUGUGGGUAGAAUUCAACUUAUACAAUCAGUCCUCUAUAGUAUGGUGAACUACUGGUCCAGCUUAUUUGUUUUACCUAAAUCAGUCUUGGCUGAGGUUAUUGCAUCCUUAGAAACUUCCUAUGAAUGGGGACAAAAUUCAAACAUUCUGGGGCCAAGAUUAUAUGGGCUGCAGUCUGUCAACCAAGGAAGUGUAGAGGCCUAG